AUGAUAGCCAACGACAGCGAGACUACAGAUCAGGAUGUAGUUAAGUCUCUACGUGAACUAACAGCAUCAGUCCAGGAUGUCUGCAAUACCAUCACCUCAGAAUACCGCACUUCUCAUCCUGAUAAAUUGCGGGCAAAAGUAAAGGCGAAGGAUGAGGUUACCAACACACUCUACGAGCAAAUAAGCAAGGGUCGUCCAGAGAAGAUAAUGGACUGGGAAAAAAUAGAGCUCAUGCCUAUAGACAAAAUUGAGAUGGAGAAUAAACAAUACGCACAGAAGUACGAAGGUUUUUGGAAGAAGAUCGAUGAAUCAACAUCGUCAGAACAGGAAGCUGCUAUUCAAGCAUAUACGUCAGCUUUUGACCGGUUUCAGGAGAUCUAUCGUCUCCUUGGAUGGCGUGAGGACGACAAGAAUGCCUUGUUUGACAAGUCUGUCCUCACACAAUCUCGCGAUCUCCUGAUUGAGUCAAUCUUCGGAAUUGAAGUAUAUCGAAUGUCCCGUUUUGGAGGAUCUCCCGAAAGAUCGCGUAUGCUUUUCGAAGUUUCUCGUCUUCCUCGUCUACUCAUUAUUCUUGUCCGAAUUGCAUGCAGGCAGAUAUAUAUCGUGAGCGCUUGUGGUCAGGAUAAAAUUGAAGAAAGACCCUUUAGUGCUCCCACAACUGUGAGUGUGCUGGCGCUUGUAGCCCGCGCAUUACAGUAUGGUAAUUACGCCUCUGUGACGAUGGAUAAGCUUCUUCGUCAAUGCUACGCACGCCGAAUCCUUAAUCAGCCAGAUGCCAGCGACGUCGACACUUACGAGAAACAUUUUGAUCUAUUAUAUGACUGCCUGACUGCUCUGGAUUUUACUAGGAAAUUCCGGGAAAUCAGAGAGCCUUUAUGCCUACUGUUUUAUAUGCGACACAAGUCUAAAACGGUCCACACGAUUUUUGAACUUGUGGAGACUCACAGAGAGGCAACUAUCGGCAUCAAUAACUUUCCAGAGCUACCUCUAGAAGAGAAUACAAGCUCAGUGUUUUCACCGGAGAUUUUCACCGUAUCAUACCUACUGGACUUUGGAGGCUUGAAUAUAGAAUGGACAGAUUGCUUGGAUGAACAUUUAAAGAUAUAUACAGGUCGGAAUGCUAUCAGAAUCUUCGCCCAUCCCACCUUUUUCUAUAACAAUGUUGAUUUACAUCAGAAUGAGCGAGACUAUAUGGAACCAACAUACUACGAGCUAGCUCUCACUUACGCCCUUUUGUUUCGUCCAGCAUCAUCUCGCACCCUCAAACGCCUGAAAUAUUACGUCGUUGCUGGAGAGAACCAGCAGAUACCAUGGCACAGAUGUGUGACAUUUAAUGGUCGUCCAAUCCAUCGAUUUAUACCGCGCUGGGACGAAGGAAAAGUUGUCGACGCAUCAAAAAUACUAGACAUCAACCCCGUACAGAGUCCCACCAAAGACAUUCUCUCGGAAAGCUUUUACCGUUGUUCAUAUCUACCAAGCGCACAAAUUGCAUUAAAUAUUGCGGAUCCAUCCAGAGCCGUCAAGGGAAUCGAUAAUCUACUGGACCGGCAUAGAGUAACAUCAACCUCAAUGCAACAGAUUCUGGAGCUUGCACCAAAUUAUCCAGAGGAUCUCAAAUUCAUGAUAACUUCCGUGAUGGAAAAUAACUUUCAAGAUAUGGAGUCCUUCGUGCGGUUCCCCUAUUUUGCGUCUCGGCUUCGCCGGCUUAAGACGUAUCUGGAUUCUCGCCAGCCAAAUACGUUACGGCAGCUAUGGGUUGAUCGCAGGGAUUAUCGGUCGUGGUAUCAUACGCCCGAAUUGGAGCGGUUUGUUGAGACGAUCCUCCUGGAUGAGCUCUGCGCUACUGCCUCCCUCUUUCAAAAUGGGGUCUCCUGCUCUUUGGGUAAUCAUACGAUUGGAGGAUUCGAUAUCGUCUACGAGCUGAAAUCCUCGGAUGGGGUAGUUUGGCCUGCACGCAUACCCCUCCCAUAA